AAUAGCGUUUUCCUUUAUUAAUCACAAAAUGAUUGUUGCCGCUCUCUCCUUGGCUCAAAUAGGGGUAAAAACGAUUUGUAAUUGCAUUCGCUUUUGGUUUAAUUAUCUCGUGUGUUUUACAUCAUUGUUUGUCCUAUGUGAAAAUUGGUAUAAAUUGACUCCCAGAGUAUCCGUAAUCAAAGCAUUGAUUUGACGGCUUCUUGUAUACUUUUUAUAUAUUAUUAUCUAUAGUAUACAAACGUGCAAUAGUUCGUUUUCUUUUUUGUUAAAUUGUCCCAGUUGGAUAGAACGUAGUUACCUACUUAAGAGUUAUGAGCCUUUUUCGGCAUUUUCGUCAGAUUAAUUAUUCGCGUAAAUUUUGUGGUCAGAUUCCGAAAAGCGUUGUUAAUGUUGAAGCAGCUUACACAGCUGAUACGAUACACGAACAUUCUGUCAAAUGCGUGAAAAGGUUUGAGAGACCUCCAAACAGCCGAAACUAGGCGACUAACUACAAAUCGAAUUUUUCUCUGGAUUCGAGAAGUCCAGUUCCCUAACGUAGACUAGACAAGACCCCAUCCAUAAAAUAACUGAUAUAUCAUAAUAAGGAGGAUAUGGAUCUAACAACAUGAACCGGGCAAGCAAGUGAAAAUCCUUUUUUCACUCUUUCAAAGAAAUAUAAAAAAGAUCGCACGAUUUUGCAAGAUGGGCCCUAAGGGGAAAGAGUAGUCCUUUCCAGUUUUAUUAUUUUAUCGAUUUCGAAAUAAUUACCCUGCACGAAGCAUUUAUUGCUCUUUACUCUUUCUAAUCUAAAGUGCAAUCAAACAAUGUACCAGUAGAAGUUCACUCUUUUUUGCUUUUAGUGUUAAAAACUCGCAUGAAAUGCGAUACGUCUUAUUUGAUUAUUGACGGGAUGUCUUCAUCGUAGACCAUGCUAGUAUACGAUACCUAGUAGAAUAUUUCUUUUUCAAAAGUAUGCAAAAGCGUUUUAUAAAAAAAUGUUUCUGUGUAUUUCGCAAAACGAAGCAUUUUGUUUGGCAAUUUUAUUUUAUAAAGAGACUAAAAGAUUUCGUGGUUCGUGAACUCUUUGAUUUGCAUACACUAAAUUGACUAUACCCGAGAGUAAAGAGAGAUAACAAAAAAAUGUUUAGCUGUCAACCGGGACAAAGAACAUGUGCAAAUAAGAAGUCCUGACUCGUUAACGAUCAAAGGUAUGUUUUAUAUUAAAAACGUGCAAAGGGUCUAAACGAGGCGAGAUUGAACAGCAAUCGUCAUACAAACAAUACAGGUCUCAACGUUUCUAGCUCGUUAAAUUCCUCGUAUUUUCCCACCCCGACAUCUUUAUUGUCAAGUGGUACGUCCAUCCCGAGCGAUAAAACACCUUCGAUUAACAGUACCACAACUAGCACCAUCAUCAUCAUCAGCAGCAGCAGUAACAGUGCUCCUGUAACCAUGGCAACAAUGUCACCUACAGCAAUCAUGCCAACAACAUUAGGGCUGAACACAACAAACGCGACGUCAAACACCACAGGCAGCCCGUGGCAGCCAAACGUCCCAACGGUCGAGCUUUCGAUCUUCAGCAUCAUCAUGAUUUCCUUAGGGGGUUUACUUAUUGUUGUCAUGACAACAUGUCUUUUUGUCAUCUGCUGUAGAGGGCGAGAGAGGGGACCGGGGGCAGCACAUACGCCACAUACUCAAGUCAAGCUAAAGCCAUGGAAGAUGCCCGAUCUGAGUUCUACGAAUGCGGACAUGACCGACGACGCGAUUGAACCCCAAACACCAGCUGCUAAUAACGGGGAUCAUCCGAACAGCUUCCGAAAUGAUGGGUUGGCCAAUCCAAGUCCUACGUCACCAUCCUCGCCGAAUCAUCUGGCAUCUGCUAACAACAACCUCGUCACCACCCCCACCGGAACCUUCAGGCGUGAUCUAGAUCCAGACUCCCAGGAACUCUGGGGAGAUUAUGGACGUAAAUUAUCGCUUGGUCAAAAAGCAUACGAACAAAAUAGCUCCACUGACGAAAAUACUCUAUCAAAAUCAAAUACGAAGGGAGUCCCAGAUGAUCUAGAGAGGGUUCACUUUGUAUAGUGACCAAGUGACGAACCAUCAAGCAUUGAUAGAAAGAAUGGGACAUAAUGAUGACCUGAGUAAAGCUACAUAAACUCUACAGCACAUGAAUCAGAUGCUUUAUCACAGCCAACCUCUGUACAGCAAUGCAGUCUAUUGUGACGUCACAUCAAUACAGGAAUGCUGAUCAGAACGGUGGAGAACAAUGCAGUGUUUUUUUGGCUCCAGUGCUGACUUGCGGCCUGACAUGUACUCUCAGCCCAGAAAGCGCUGGAUCAUCGAGCACUAUGACAGCGGCUUAUUAUAUUUUUUUUGUUAGAAAUAAAUUGAGUUUCAAAGUGA